AUGUGUCGUUUUAUGAUUUAUAAAGGAAGAGAGGAGAUGGUCCUUUCUGAUCUUCUUACAAAACCAGCCCACUCAAUCAUCAACCAGUCAUUCGAUUCAAGAUUAAGAUUAGAUAUGAGAAAUCCCGUCAAUGGAGAUGGGUUUGGUGUGGGUUACUAUUCAGAAAAACACCACCCAUGUAUUUUCAAAGCUAUAACUCCAGCUUGGAAUAACGUCAACUUGAACAAUCUUGCUGAAUGUACUGAAUCAAAUCUUGUUUUUGCUCAUGUUCGUGCAUCCACACAGGGUGUGUUAUCCGAGACAAAUUGUCAUCCUUUUUCAUAUGGAAGAAUCAUGUUUAUGCAUAAUGGUGGUGUAUCGUCAUUUAGUUCCAUCAAGAAAAGACUUAUAAAUCAUCUUGAAGAUAAAAUAUUUCUUUCCAUCCAAGGUUCUACAGAUUCUGAAUGUUGUUUUGCAUUAUUCAUAGACACACUUUACAAAAUGGGAUACGAUGCUGAAGAUUUAUCAGUAAAGUUCACCCAUUCAAUCCUCAGGAAGGCUUUACUUACGACUAUUGAUUUGAUUAAAACAUGGCAAUGUGAGGUCACUGAUGAACCAUCACUUUUAAAUUUUGCUGCUACUGACGGAGAAUCCGUGGUUGUCAGUAGAUACAUCACUUCCAAGACCGAUGAAGCUGCGUCGUUACAUUUUAGUACUGGAUCCAAGUUUUUUGAAUACGCCCCUGGAUUGUUUAAAAUGGAAAGAUUAAACAGAUCGCAAGAUGUUAUUUUUGUGUCCAGUGAACCAUUGACAUUUGAACGAGGAGAUUGGUUAUGUGUACCAACAAACACUAUCAUUACCAUAACUAAUAGAAACACUGUGCUAAUGCACCCAAUUGAAGAUGAAUUCUACGACGGUGGAGAAAACCAAAGAUCAGCUGGUUUGGCCAUGAGUAAAGGAUUGAUUGGUGGUGUCCCAACUAAAGAAGUAGAAAUUGAUUCCACGGUUGCUGAAGUGCCGCCUUUAGAUAGAGAAGGUAGAGUAGCCAUCAAUGUAUAG